UAUCUCUAGGGUUGAGGUGAGGCUUGGCUAUGGUUUGAGUUUUAGGGGUCCUAAUUGCCAAUUGGUUGAUAAAGGGGAGGGUUUAGUGUUUUAUAUAUAAAACAGCCGGACAGAAAGUUAAAGUGAAUGUACCCACUGCUACAUUAGUCGGCUCUGAGCAGCAGGUCAUUCAGGAAAAGUUAAACAAAUCAGCCACUAGAGGGGGUACUCUGCCCGGUCAGUCCACCAUACAAACCUUUGGUAUGCGAUUCAUUCACAGAACGACCAUGGAAACAUGCAGUCAUAAAUUACGUGUCCUGCGAUCAUAUAAUGUAUACUGUAUGUAUAUAGGCUAGUAUACCCCAUUCAUUUAAAGCAUUGUACGAGUCAAGGCAUAACCAAUUGGAGCCAAUACAAACGAAGUGCUAAGUGCCCCGGUUUCUAGAGAAAGCAGCGGAGCUACGAGAGUCAGAACACAAGCCAUUGUUUGACACUGCAGGCGACAGGUGAAGAGGACCCUGAGGUAGAGGAGAAGGAGGAAGAGGAGAACAACAGACCAGGGCUCCACCCUCAGAGCGUAGCCUGCCACAGAACCCAGGAUCCUACCAGCAUGGCAGAGAGCUCAGCGUCAGUUGCGGAGGCCGAAGUGUCCUUCAGGAAGUUUGCGGUGCACGGAGACACCAAGGCUACCGGGAAGGAGAUGAAUGGGAAGAACUUCGCCAAACUCUGCAAGGACUGCCGAGUCAUCGAUGGCAAGAACGUCACGGCAACGGACGUUGACAUCGUCUUCACCAAGGUCAAGGCGAAAACAGCGCGCAUAAUCACCUUUGAGCAGUUCAACCAGGCGCUGGUGGAGCUGGCGCCCAAGCGCUUCCGAGGCAAGGACCAGCAGGAGGCGCUGCCGCUGCUCUACGGCCUCAUCGCUGGCAAGGGGCCCGCCAACGUGGGCGUCACCAAAGUGGCGAAGGCCGCAGCGGUGGACAGACUGACGGACGCUACGAAGUACACAGGCUCCCACAAGGAGCGCUUUGACGAGUCCGGAAAAGGCAAGGGCAAGGCCGGGAGGGAGGAGCUUCCAGACACCAGUGGAUACGUGGGCGCCUACAAAGGUCAAGGUUCAUACGACGACAAAGUGAAGGAGGCCUAGUCAAACUGGAGCUUACGUCAUAGGUUGAGUCGCCUGUGUAUGUAUAAAUAAAUCAUCAUAAUAUAUGCAUCAUCAGUCGGUGAUAAGAACAAAUCUUUGCUCGACAUUGCUACAGAAUAAGAACAAAGCUACUAAUAAAAAGAUUAUUUAAAGUUUUAGGUUUAAUAUAAUGUAUUUAAUAUACUCAGCAACCUAUGUUGGGAAGAAAAUUGCUAACCUACGUUCAAUACUGCCAGCGACGCUAACACUAGACAUUUGCGAUUGAAUCAUUGCUUUUAAUACAAAGAUUUGAAUCCAAAGCCACCCAAGGUAAAUACCGAUACAGCAUUUAGGGGCUAGGACAUUUGGAUAAAGGAUGCUUAAACAUCCUAAAAUGACAUGUUCCCAAAACAAGAGAUCUCUGUUCCGACACUAAUCGGAAAAGAGGAAACGGAAAUCUUAACAUAAUUGCAUUAACUAAAUUUGUUGUGAAGUUACUAUAGCUAUUUCAGCUAUGGAAUAGUUUUGAAGCAAUGAUAAUGUUUAUUAUCGCGCUUCCUAGUUAAGAGCUUCAACAUGUGACUUGCUGUUCGUGAAUAAAUCCUUAAACAUAUGUUUUGUUGGCAAAUAAUAAAAUAGUUUCACUCUGUGUCCCAGUUUUCUAUAUUUAAAUGACACUUGUACAUUUAUAAUUAAUCUCUUGUGUUUUAUUGACGUAUUUUAUAAGAAUGCAGAUUAUAAUGAUCAUUUUGAUAAUACCGUUUUUUCUAUGUAAAAAAAACAUAAAUCAUUACGGGUACCACUGCGAUGUCAAUGUUCGUAAUUA